GGGUUCUGCUAAUAUGAUCGAGAUGUGUGGGCAAUGCAGCAUCAUCAUUAACUCCCACAGAACUGGGUCAUUUUGGACCAAUAAGAGGACAGAGAAGAGUGCAGCUCGCUCUAGUUUCCGUAUCUGUCACUGCCUCGGGGAGGUUUCUCAGCUGAAUAUCCGCUGACCCCCCCGGCUUGCCGUGACCCCGAUACUCUGUACUCGGGGUUAUAGCGGAUUAUUAUCCCCUGUAACACGGUGAGUGCAGGUAUCCCUCCGCGCCGCUGGGGCGCGCUGUGGUUUCUACAUUGUGGAAGAUGUUUACUUCCGGGAUCUGUGAUGCGUUGCGUCGGAAGCACGUGCCCAGCCAGAGGUACACAGUGAUUGGAGCGUGCUAUUAUAGCCCAGCCAGUGUCGGUGUUUCGGAGGAGCUCUGUGCCCGUACUGCCUGUGCCUGCGAAAGUGGUGAUGAAGCAUUUCAAAUUAUAAUCCAUCAACACACACACAGACUUUAAUUAUGGAUAAGACCGGAUCAGUUACAGAAAGUCCGCAGCAGACACACCUAGAAUCAAAUAAUGGAGGUAAUGGCCUUCAAAUCUCUGAAAGUGAAACAUCAAGCAAACCUCCAGUUAAUGGUGGAAACUUGCCACUGAAGAGGACAUGUGAUGAUGGUUUAGACUAUCCAACGAAAAGACUGCGUACGCAGGAAGGCCACAGCUCAAAAGUAGCAGCACAUUACAAUGAACUUAAAGAGUGUGGAUUACAAGUACGGAAUGAGUCUCGCAUUGUCCAUCUUAGGAACUUCAAUAAUUGGAUGAAAAGUGCUCUUAUUGGUGAGUUCCUAGAUAGAGUGCGGCAGAAAAAGAAGGGAAGAAUCGCUGUUCUAGAUCUUGGCUGUGGAAAGGGAGGAGACUUGCUAAAAUGGAAGAAGGGUAGAAUUAGUAAACUCGUAUGUACAGAUAUAGCGGAUGUCUCUGUGACUCAGUGCAGACAGCGUUACUCGGAUAUGAAAACACGGUGCCGCAAUGAGGAUGUUUUUAGUGCAGAGUUUAUCACUGCAGAUUCUACAAAGGAGCGUUUGUCUGAAAAAUACAGUGAUCCAGAGAUCACCUUUGACAUCUGCAGCUGUCAGUUUGUUUACCAUUACUCGUUUGAGACACACGAGCAAGCUGACCUGAUGCUGAGAAAUGCCUGUGAAAGGCUUUGCCCUGGAGGAUAUUUCAUUGGCACAACUCCAGAUGGCUUUGAGCUAGUGAAACGCCUUGAAGCAUCAGAGACCAAUUUGUUUGGGAAUGAUGUAUAUUCAGUGAAGUUUUAUGAAAAAGGAAAGUAUCCCCUGUUUGGCUGCAAAUAUGAUUUUAGCUUGGAAGGAGUUGUUAAUGUUCCAGAAUUUCUGAUCUACUUCCCAGUGCUAGUAGAAAUGGCCAAGAAAUAUAAUAUGAAACUAAUUUACAAGAAGACCUUUCGGGAAUUUUUUGAAGAGAAGGUUAAGAAUGACGAACAGAAAAUGCUGCUGAGAAAAAUGCAGGCCUUGGAGCAAUAUCCUGCACCUGAUCACUCCAAAUUGGCAUCUGACAAGGAAGAGGAUUAUGAACAUGCAAAAAUGUUUAUAGAGAACGGUCAGCCCCGACUACCAUUGGGUACAUUAAGUAAAUCUGAAUGGGAUGCCACAAGUAUUUAUUUAUUGUUUGCCUUUGAAAAACUCCCCUGAAAACCUGACAAAGCAUACUCUUUGGACAGGAGCCAGACUGCUUUUGAAUUUCUUUGGACGGUUUUGGUAUAUUAAGAUUUUAUGUUAUUACAUCCGUGCAUUAGAUGAAUACGGCAAGCUGGAAGCACUUGCACCACAUCAAUGCCUGUUGCAAAACCUUU